CAUUGCAGAGAAAAUGUGCCCCGUGGUAAACAUGUGUAAAUAUUAAAGCGUAAGUUAUCGCGAGACGAUAUUUGUGUGUGUACUGUCACUUUCUGCUCACGCGCGUGUUCGCAAGUGCACAACGGCCGCCAGCGCAAAGUGGAAUGGACUUGCGAGUCGUAAGCGUGCUUUGAUAUCCGUAAAAGCCUCAACCCACGUGUCUCUGGCUGCCUUCGGCCUGCUGGGCAGUCGUACUUCGUGUAAUCUGUCGCGAUGGCUCCCGUCAAAAUGUCAAAAGGAAGCACUGAGAAGCGAAUAGGGCUGAGUUCUAAGAAACUGAAGCGCAUGGAGUCUAAGAAAAAAAAGAUCGAAGCUUUCUUGCAGUUGUGCGGAGACAAGUCGUCAGCCGGCGCGAAAUCGGCCACCGCAAACAAGAAGCGCGACAACUCGCAUCCUUCAGAUCCGAUCAAGGCACUCAGUGACGAACUGGCGGAGCUUCGGGCCAGGAAGCAGCCGUUUCCAAGUGCGUGGAAGGAAAUGCCCAAGUUCUUUCUCACCGAUGAAGGCCACAAGGCAGCAUGGUCGUGGCCUGAAACGGACGACACCGCCGCCGAAGACGACGCCGUGCAAGACAAGACCGCCCUGUGCCUUCAGGACAUCCAAGCCCUGCUUCUCGUGGCCCUGAUGGGGCAAAAGACCCCGAUCCUGACGCGGUGGUGUCGAUACCUGCGACACGAGAAAACCAGCCAUAUCGUCGUGAUCACCGUGAGCGGACUGACGGCUGACGGGCUCAGCGCGAGUGCCCAACAGUUUACGAAGCUCAGGAACACAUUUCCCGACGGAGGCGUCCGUGUCAUUCCCUCCGCGUGUUACGGCGCUACGACCGAAUCUGAACUGACGCAAGUGCCGAUCAGCAUCAAUUGCAGCACCAAACUGCGCUGCUACUUUGGCUCCCUUGAGGCAGCCGAGGCUGCUGGCGCGGUCUAUAGAUGCUACGGUGCGUUCGUUCCAAUUAGGAGGCUCGGCAAUGAAGCGACCGCCGCGCUAGGUGCUCCCGAAACCAGCGACCCCACGGCUGUAGACCCGCCAGCACAAGAACUCGUGGUAGAUGUGCGUGGAGAGAAUACCGACACAAACGCAAAGUCUCAGCCGCCUGUUGGUAGCAAUUUACCUGAAAGGUUUCCCGCAACAGAUGUAACUCCGAGCAAAGGCGAAGACCUGCUCUCAUCUAUUGAGAUGCCCCGUACGUUUCUUCUGUUGAGUCCUGUUCAGAUGCUGACAGAAGGCUAUCCUCUGAUCAGGGCGAACAACACGGAAGAUUACGUCUACACGAAGAACUAUUACACACCCGUAAACCAUAACUCCCGCAUGUUUGGAUUGGAUUGCGAGAUGUGCUUGACAACAGCCAGAGUCAACGAGCUCACCCGAGUCACCAUGGUUGAUGAAGACGAAAAAGUGCUGCUCGAUGAACUGGUUAAACCUCGAAACAAAAUCAUUAACUACCUCACCCAGUUCAGUGGCAUAACAAAAGAAAUGCUGGACCCGGUUUGGACACGCAUCGAAGACGUCCAGAAAGCAAUAUCGGACCUUUUGCCCAGCGAUGCCAUCCUUGUUGGGCAGUCGUUAAACUUUGACUUGCACGCGCUACACUUGAUACAUCCGUACGUGAUCGAUUCCAGUGUCAUCUACAACGUCACUGGAAUGAGGCGAAUCAAGACAAAGCUCAAGACACUGACCAGCACUUUUCUCGGGGAGGAAAUCCAAACAGGCACCGAUGGCCACUGUUCCGCAGAGGACGCCACGGCUAGUCUUCGGCUUGUCAAGCAUAGGCUGAAACAGGGUCUCUUUUAUGGAGACUUGGUUCUUCAAGAAAUGCAAGAGCAAAUCAUCAAUAAAGCAUUUGAAACGUAUGACAAAAGGAGGCCAUUUGAAGUUUAUGUUUACAAGGAAAACAUGUUAGAUCAAAGCACAAGCGAAGCUUCUAAGAAGGUCAGAUACGAACCUAUCCCCAUUGAUGUACAUGAUGAAACAGAGCUUGGAUCCACCAGUGCAACCGUGACAUCCGCCAAAAACCCAGAACUCAGUUGUCUUGGAUCCACCAGUGCAAUCGUGACAUCCGCCAAAAACCCAGGACGGCACGACAAGAAAAAAAAAUCGUUGUCGACGUUGGCCUGGUGUCGCCAGAAGCUGCAAACCGACUUCCGGGGUGCCGUAAGCAACCUGUUCUACUACCUCCACAAAAGAGAGAACAGGAGGAAAGUGCACCUUGUUGGUAACAAGGAAGUCCUCGACAAGUACCCAAAGUUUGUGCUCAAAGCCACUCCGCACACAGAGGCGAGCAGCAAUUCGCAAGUCGCGCAAAAUGUGAAAUCUCUUAUGGAAACUAACCAGAUUGUCAUGGCAGGGCUCCAGGCUCUGGACGACAAUGGACAACUGAGCAAAGAAAAGGUAGCAGAAGUGGACAAGCUUUUGAGAAAGAUCUAUCGCAGCUGCAGGAAAGCAUGUCUGUUUGUCGUCUUGUUAGAAGGCUCGGUAGACGUGGACACCCAGGUGACCCAACAUGGACUGUGUCUUGUGAAGAUCAAGGAAGCUGAAAAGAGGCCUGUGAAGGAAGACUGAUGUUGAGGAUAGAUAGACCUCCCUGUAAGUGAUGUACAGAUGUCAUUAAGCAGACAUACUUUAAAAGCUUUCUUGACUGUGAGAGCAAUAAACAUGUAUAAAGUGGUUAAAGGAAGUUUAACACACA